UAUAUAAAUAGUGGCGAUACGCAGAUAGUGUAAACACUGAAACAAAAUGGCUCUUCUUCACAGCUCUCGCACUGUCAGUCGGGUUUACAGGGUUUUGCGGACGCAGAAUGCCUGUAUGGCAUCUGCUGCAGUCCAACCCAACCCAAACCCAAAGAUACAACACACUAAGCUGUUUAUCAACAACGAGUUUCGGGACUCUGUGAGCAAGAAGACCUUUCCAACCAUCAAUCCUGCCACGGGUGAAGUCAUCUGCCAGGUAGCAGAGGGCGAUAAGGCUGAUGUUGACCUUGCGGUGAAGGCUGCACGAAAUGCGUUCAAGCUGGGUUCGCCAUGGCGACGUAUGGAUGCAGGGGAGAGGGGCUACCUCAUGAACAAGGUCGCUGACCUCAUCCAGAGGGACAGGAAGUACCUCGCGGAGCUAGAGACCUUGGACAAUGGGAAACCCUUCAAUAUUGCGUACAAUGUUGACCUUGAGCUAACCUUGAGGUGCUACAGGUACUACGCUGGCUGGGCAGACAAGAAUCAUGGAAAAACCAUUCCCAUCUGGGGAGACUAUUUUUGUUACACAAGACAUGAACCAGUCGGAGUUUGUGGGCAGAUUAUCCCAUGGAAUUUCCCCUUGCUGAUGCAAGCAUGGAAGCUGGCACCUGCCCUGUCGCUAGGCAACGUGGUCGUCAUGAAGCUGGCGGAGCAGACGCCCCUGUCCGGCCUCCACAUUGCCUCACUCUUCAAGGAGGCGGGGUAUCCGGAGGGCGUGCUGAACGUUAUCACAGGAUACGGGCCGACUGCUGGUGCAGCCAUUUCCAGGCACAUGGACGUUGAUAAAGUCGGCUUCACUGGCUCCACAGAGAUUGGCCAGCUAGUUGCAGCUGAUGCCGCAGCCUCAAACUUGAAGCGUGUGACCCUUGAGCUGGGAGGAAAGAGUCCCAACAUCAUCUUUGAUGACUGCGACAUUGCAUUGGCAGUAGAGCAGGCCCACUUUGGCCUGUUCUUCAACAUGGGCCAGUGCUGUACGGCCGCAUCACGCUGCUAUGUGCAGGAGAAAAUCUACGAUGAGUUUGUGGAGCGCAGCCGUGAACGGGCUCUCAAGAGGAGUGUGGGUAGCGGGUUUGACCCCAAAGUGGAGCAAGGGCCACAGGUGGAUGAGGACCAAAUGAAGAAGAUCUUGGCUCUGAUAAAGACAGGCAAGGACCAGGGGGCCAAGCUGGUCGCCGGGGGCAACCGUGUGGGCAAGAAGGGCUACUUUGUGGAGCCCACGGUGUUUAGUGAUGUGAAGGAUGACAUGACCAUCGCUAAAGAGGAGAUUUUUGGCCCGGUGAUGCAGAUCAUCAAGUUCAAGACAGCGGAGGAGGUGAUAGAGAGGUCAAACCUCAACAAGUACGGGCUAGCUGCAGGUGUGGUUACCAAUGAUGUCAGCAGGGCCAUCAACGUCGCCAACAGUCUCCGGGCUGGCACCGUCUGGGUGAACUGUUACGAUGUGUUUGACUCUUGUUCACCGUUUGGUGGCUACAAAAUGUCUGGAAACGGCCGUGAACUUGGUGAAUAUGGAAUGGAGGCAUACACAGAAGUCAAGAGUGUGAUCAUCAAAGUCCCCACCAAAAACUCUUAAGGCAGUGUAUAAUACGAAACAGAAAAUAGCAAUACCUGUACAACGCAAGUUUGAGCAACAUUUGUAUGUGAGAACAGUGCAGGUGUUGUAGCUUGAACAGAUGGACUGGACUCCUGUGAACACUGUUUGCUUAAUUGUGCACUUUAAAUACUGUUUUAUUCAUGGUUAUGGAUGUACAUGUAUAUGAAUAUCUGGCACAUUCUGUUUAAUACUUUGAUAUUACUCUUUUGCACAUCACUCAGACUAAAUUAUGAUAUAGAAAAUGAUAUUAUAAUAGACUCACGUUUGUAAAUGGUGCAUAAAUGUUAGUAUCAUGUUUAGUUUUCAUUGUUCUGAGCAGUAAAUACUGAAUGUUAAAUGAAUGUACAUGUAUUGUAGUUUGUAUUAAAUACUGAAUAACAUGUUAGUUAAAUACUGUGUGUGGGGUGGGGUAUGUUAACAUAUAUAUUUUGAGUGACCUGCUACUUUUGAGGUAGACAAUCCCAUGACUUCUUAUUAACUGACCAAUUUGUACAUUGUUUACUGUGAAUUCAUAUUAAAGACAAUUUAAGUUUGCAAUAAAAAAGACUUUGUGAGCAAACAUGUUUGCUCAUUAUUAUUUGAUUGUGUGGAAUAUGUUAUAAAUCUCUUAUAUUUUUUAUAGGAAAUAAUUAGAAAAUAACUGUCAUUAUAUUCCAUGCACUUCUGUUUUUUGUUGUAUGUGUUGCAGUAUUUGGUUUAGGCUCUUUUUCUUAAGUAUAAAAUUUUUGUGAUUAAAAUAUAAUCGCAUUAUGUGUGAUCAUAACAGAUUUGUAAAUAAAAAUACUAAUUCACA